CAGUCCAGCUCAGCCUUCCGUCAGGCACAGACUCUCUCCUCCCCCCAUCCUCUCUCAGUCUCGCUCCUUUGCCUCUCCCGUUGGACGUUUUGUCGGCGCUGCCCAACAGCAACAAGCAGCCAUGGAUGCCAUCAAGAAGAAGAUGCAGAUGCUCAAGCUCGACAAGGAGAAUGCCUUGGACAGAGCUGAGCAGGCAGAGUCAGACAAGAAAGCAGCAGAGGACAGAAGCAAACAGUUAGAGGACGAUAUAAGAGAGUUGGAAAAGAAAUUGCGCGUAACGGAAGACGAGAGAGAUAGAGUUUUUGAGGAGUUCCAAACUGCCGAGGAAAAACUGUUGGGUGCCGAGGAGACCGCCACCAAGGCUGAGGGAGAUGUCGCCUCCCUGAACAGACGUAUCCAGCUGGUUGAGGAGGAGUUGGAUCGCGCUCAGGAGCGUCUGGCCACAGCCCUGCAGAAGCUGGAGGAGGCUGAGAAGGCUGCUGACGAGAGCGAGAGAGGCAUGAAGGUUAUUGAGAACAGAGCCAUGAAGGACGAGGAGAAGAUGGAGAUCCAGGAGAUCCAGCUCAAAGAGGCCAAAAACAUCGCUGAGGAGGCUGACCGCAAAUAUGAGGAGGUGGCCCGUAAACUGGUCAUCAUUGAGGGUGACCUGGAACGUACAGAGGAGCGCGCCGAGCUGUCAGAAAGCAAAUGCUCUGAGCUUGAGGAAGAGUUGAAAACUGUGACCAACAACCUGAAGUCACUGGAGGCCCAGGCUGAGAAGUACUCACAGAAGGAAGACAAGUAUGAGGAGGAGAUCAAGGUCCUCACCGACAAGCUGAAGGAGGCUGAGACCCGUGCUGAGUUCGCUGAGAGAUCAGUAGCCAAGCUUGAGAAGACCAUCGACGACUUGGAAGACGAGCUGUACUCCCAGAAACUCAAGUACAAGGCCAUCAGCGAGGAGCUGGACCACGCCCUCAACGACAUGACUUCCAUAUAAAUCGUUUACACCUCGUCAAAGACGCCUCCUCAUGCCCGAGCAGCACCUGUCUGCUCUCGCUCCGGCCUGCUCCCCGUCUUCCCUUUGCUUUCCUUUCCUCCUCAUGUUUCCAUGUCAGCCACACAUCCACUCUCUUGUACAGAAUCCUAGAAUCUUUCUGCAUUGUGUAAAAAAGAAUAAAAAAUCUUUCCUUCUAUUGUAAUCUCUCUCUCUUUACUCUGCUCCUUUUUAUUUUCCUUUCUAAUGUCUUAAUGUAAAGUGGUUCAAGUGAAAUCCCAAAGCCUUUUGCUGUUAAUUCGUGUUCCUGAUUUUUCUUUUUCAUCUUAUCACCCCAUUAGCUCCAUCUCUACACGGUGUCGUUUGAUAAAUUUCAGUUGAUGUCCCUUUUUGUUUUGUCAAAUAUCCUGUGCAGCUGAGGUAUUAAAUAUGAAAUAUUUUUGUGAGGAUUAAAAACUUACAGCGACCUCAGGUGCUUGACUGAAAACUGAGCCGUAUGUUUGAGACUGAUGCAUGCAAGCACUUUUUUUUUCACCUUGUGAAAAAGAUAACUGGAAGUGUGUGAGAGUUGGUGAGCAUUAACUGCUAAAUCGUAGAGAGAUUAGGGUAAUCUGGUGAAACGCAGAGCAGCAUGUAGGAGUUGUGGAUUCUCGUCUGGUGCUGGCAAAGUUGGAUGGAGUUGAUGCUGGUAGGGUGAACAAAAGAGCUUUGUGUGAUUCAAAGUAUUGUCUUACUUUUGAAUAAAUACACAAUGACAGAG